AAAAAAAUAGAUCUAGGCUAUGACAAGGAUCCGAAGGGUUGUUUUAUCUUGGCCAAUAAUGGCCAAAGGCCUUUUUCGGAAUAGGCCUACGUCUUUGGACCGGCGAUACCGGAGAGUCCCGACAAUGUAUCGGACGUUUCCGUAAACCAUACGCAUGCGUAUGGUGACUCUGUAAAGUAGGCGAUUUUGAAACCUCUUUCGCAGAGGCAGAGGGUGGGUUGAGUAACUGUGUGUGGACGGAAAGUUUUAUAACUGCUGAGUGUGAGAUUUCUGUGGAUAUUCCAUUCAUUUAUAUGGAUCCAAGAAUUGCUUGGUAUCCACCUGAACAAUUGGGACCAGCACACGAUUUAUGGACGCGGAUUUGGGAAACGCAGUAUUGCCUGGACAGCAUGUUACUUGGAUCAUCCUCUGACCAAAAACCUCAAGAAUUUAUUCCUUUGGAUGAGCCGACCGACAGCACAGAUCCUCACAAGAGGUUAGAAGCUCAACAGAAAAGAAAGCGGCAGGACAACCGUGCCUGUACAUUUGGAUUGAAUUUUCCAUUAAAUACACGGAUAUUACGAGAUGGUGGUCUCACGCCGUGGAGAAAAGAUGACAGAAUUUAUGGGAGGGGAAUUAUUGGGCUUCAUCAAGAAAUCGAGGAUUUCUAUGAGUACAUGUCGCCACAGGACCAAGAAGCCACCAUGCGCAAUGCUGUGGUAGAGAGGCUCACGUCUGUGAUACAAGGCCUUUGGCCAGAAGCCAAGGUCGAAAUUUUUGGCAGCUUCAGAACAGGAUUGUAUUUACCAACAAGUGAUAUAGAUUUAGUUGUGUUUGGAAAUUGGAAUUCUCAGCCUUUGUUUACGCUGAAGAAUGCUUUGCUGGAAAAGAAAUUAGCAGAACCCUCUUCCAUCAAAGUUUUGGAUAAAGCCUCUGUUCCCAUUGUGAAACUGACAGAUGCUGAGUCUGAGGUCAAGGUGGAUGUCAGUUUUAACAUGGACAGCAAUCAGAACUACGGAGUUGAAAGUGCACAGCUGAUCAAGGAGUACAUGGACAAAUACGAUUGCCUCAAGUACCUGGUGCUGACUCUCAAACAGUUUCUGCUCCAGAGGGACCUCAACGAGGUGUUUACUGGUGGCAUUUCCUCAUACAGUCUCACCCUGCUGGUCAUCAGCUUUAUCCAGCUUCACCCUCGUGGAUUUACGGCCAACAAUGUGAAACCCAACUUAGGUGUUCUGCUGAUUGAGUUUUUUGAGUUGUAUGGUCGCAACUUCAACUAUUUCAAGACUGCCAUUCGGAUAAAGAAUGGUGGCGCGUAUCUGCCGAAGGAAGAAGUUUGUAAAGAGAUGGAGAAUGGGUACAGACCAUCAGUUCUGUGCAUCGAAGACCCUUUGAAAGCAGGAAAUGACAUUGGCCGUGGUUCAUAUCAUGCAAUGUUUGUCAAGAAUGCGUUUGAGUAUGCCUAUCUAGUUCUGAAUCAUGCUGUAGCCCCUCACAACUUGCACCUUACCACAGAAAGGGAAAGCAUUUUAGGCCGCAUUGUGCGUGUGACAGACGAAGUAGUGGAAUAUCGGCAGUGGGUCAAGGACAAGUAUCUGAAGAAAGUGAAAUUGAACAAAGAGAACGUGAUGCCUGGAUUUUCACACUCUGGACCCAAAUCCCUUUUAUCCUUGCCAACCUGCGAGCCCACAGACCUGGUACAUGCCAUUCCCGUUCCUCUGUCCAGUCCAGACGGCCUGGGCUCAGGGAUGUCCUCGCCCAAAAAAUCCCAGAGCCAACAGCAGAGUCAAGGAGCGACAUAUGCAGCUAUAGCCUCUGGUAAAGCUGAAGUUACCAGGAGUGCUUCUGCGGGUGCCUUGAAUGAAGUCAGAAAAUCUAGCAGUAUAGCAAGCCAAGAGGGCAACAACGAGAGUGAAGGCAGCGAGUCUGGAGGCAACAGCUCUGGGUACAAGUCAUCAGCCAGCUCUGAUGAUGAGGACUAUGAGACCGGGGAGGAGGGCGUCAUUUCUCGCCAGGCCAUCCCACACCACAGUGGAGACUACCCAGGUCCUGCUCCUUCUGCUAAAGGCAACCGUUCAUCAGCAUCCAGUGGUCUUCAUCCAAUCCAAAGCCAGGAGUAUUACCGUAGCAGAGAGUCAACUCGUAUGAACCCACCUCUGAGCAAUGGGUCUGGGAUGGGGAAGGCUCAAAGGGAUACCAGCGCUAGCAGUGUCUCUUCCACUCGCUCCAACAAUGGCAAUAACAGCGGCGGUGGCGGUGGCUCUGGUGUGUAUGGUGCUCACCACUACCCCCCCUCUGGCUACUCGGGGGGAUAUAACGGUGCUUCUGCCUCCCAGCAUGAGUCCUCCCCUGCACCUUACUAUCCUGCCCCAAACCAGCAACAGCAAUACCUGGUCUCUGCCGGCCCUGGCUUGGCCAGAGAGUCGCGGGAUCUUCGAGAGCGCUAUAACAACUACAAUGGAGGGGUACACCAAGCUCCCCUGCACCAUAAUCAUCAUAGACCACCACCAGGACCUUUUCCUGGAUCCCAUCAAAAUAAUAACGUCCGUGCCAAUGGUAGUAAAACAUAUAGCCGCAGCUCUGGCAACAAUAAACAGCGCAGGAAGAAAGGGCGGGAUAACUCUGCCAACAGAGGGGCCAGCAACGCCAGGUGAUGAAGAGUGCAGCUCUGAUGACAGAGCUCGGUGCAAGAUUAGAUCUACUCAAUUAUCCUCAGUAGUUUCACUCGUUGACAUUUUUGUAACUAGUUCUGAUGGUCUGAAUCGUGUUUGAUCUCCUGCCACGUGUGAAACUGUUUGGUGGUUUGUGUAUAUAGAUGUGGGUGUCAUUCAGAGUGCUGUCUGUACGAUGUUGCUCUCAGUUGGAUUUCGGGAUGCUGAGAUUUGUAUAUUUUCAUUGAAAGUGGGAAACUGGAGUUGUUCAUUGAGGAUGUCUGAGAAAAGGAAUUAGGUAUAAUUUUGACAUUAUGUUCAACUGGAUAAGGUUUUUUUUUAGCUUAUGAUGAAAGUGUGGCUCUACUGGCACUUUUUGCAGUCCUGCUCGACCUGAUGAAUGAAUGAGUCACCGUUAUUUUUGUUCAAGAAGACGGACCACAAGUUUGUUGUUAAUUGCAUUGUUCAGGCUCAGACUAGCUGUACAUAAAACUUUCCGUUUGCUUUUGAUUGAUGGGAGUGCUGUGAGGGAGUGACUGCUAGACUGGUAGUGAUUCUGUGUUGCUCAGGAAUUUUAUCACAUUAGCCAGUGAAAGGGGUUGUGUUUUGCUGUAAGCUCCUGCUGGUCUUUUAUUCAACUUUUCUGUCCAAUGGAAGUAAGUGAAUGAGUAUGUUAAGUUACGAAAAUAUAGAAAAAUGCUUUAAACAUGGAUGAAAGUCUUCUGUCUGUAAUUUGGGGAAGAUGGACAAUCUAUCAUCAAGAAAUAUGGGAAGAGUAACUAUCUUAUAGGGUUUUUAAAAUAAAAUGAGCCUUAGUACUCAACACCAUAGGUACUUUUUUAUGAGCAACCCUCCCAUCCCCACCCCAUAGCAGGACUGACUGUAACUAUUUCUUUUCAUUGGUUGUGACGUCUUGUUUUGGGCAGAAGAUAGAAGAUAGUGAGAUUUUGAACAUAUGGGCUCAUGGCAAAGACUUGUUUAGGGUUAGAAUGUUGCAAGUCCUAGAUGUUAUUGUUACAGAUGAAGCUAUUUGACUUUGGCCCCUUGUGGUUGUUACAUUUUUAUCAUGUGAAGUUGCUAAACAGUUGCAGUUUGAAGAAAGUGGGGAAGAGAUGGACGAAGUCUUUCUACUUUCUGUUUCAGUUUCAGAAAUAUCAUUAGUGCUUACCAUUUUUUUACCGUCAUAGCUCUCAGGGAGGUGGUGAGUUUGGAUAGAUUUUUACAAUUCAGCUCCAUAUUUUUCUUGUCGAAGUCAUGCUGUCUUUUAUGGCAGCUUACUGGACAUGUGGAAGUGAGCUUCCCUUAGUGUACCUUUAUGUUUUCUUCUAAGAGUUGUUUCUUGACCAGGGUGUGAGUGAGCCAUUAGCUGCAUAACCACUGUGGUCCAGAUCAAGAAAUGCUGUUUGGGAAGACAUUUGGAAACAGGGGUGGUGGGUAGAAGAUACAGGAUGUGCCACGGCACUCUAGUCUGCUACUUUGUUUCUUUAGCUUUCUUAACAGGUGAUUAGUUAUUCCUGAGAGUUAACAUAUGUAUUGAGAAGACUUAAUGAAAGUAGCGAUGGGGUUUACAGCUGAAUGGCCGUUUUCAGUCUUUUUAGGUUGUGCAACUUUCAUCCAUGUUUAAAGUAUUGUUGGGGUAUAUGAGUGAAGUUAUUUGUUGCCCGUGCCUUUAGUGCUUGAUGACCUGGUCAUACAUUUGGAAUGAUGUGUGUUGUUAGAUCUCAAACUCUACAGAUUGUUUCCACACACUUUUUUACUUUCCCCACAACUAGAGAUGCUCACUUCUCAUGAAGCUCGGUUAAGUAUUGGUUCCUUUCAGACAAGUUUUGUUUUUUCUGUUCAGUUGUGUGUUUCCCCUGGUAGAACCUCGUGUAAUUUUGAUUUUGAACAUACCGGAACAGAGUAGAUUUUGUAAGUGGAAAGUGGUAUAUUUUGAGUGUGUGGUGUGUGUGCGUGCAAGUGCUUAUUCUGUUUAUGUAUGUUCUCCGUGUUCAGUUAUAUCACUUGACAAGUGAAUAAUGUUAGAUCAUUACAAAACUGAAUUUAUUCUUUGUGAUUUCAUUGGUACAUUUCCAUGGGUGAUCAUUUUCUUUGUGUUUUCUUGUUAUGUUCAACAAUCAAUGUUGUCCUAGCAUUUAUUUUUUUGCCAACAAAUGCUCUUGGAGAUCAUGAACAUAUUGCAGCAAGUAAAGAAUAAUUUCUGUAUUCUUUUGUCUUUUCAUGUAUACAGUUCUGUUCAACCACCUUCAUUUGUCAUUUAGAAAUAUCUUGAUAUUGUUUUAUUAUUGUUUUCUUCCAUUUUCUCCUGUUUUGAACAGCCCACACACAAAAAAAAAUACAACACCACGUUAUAUUCAAGUUUUUCACGAGAAACGUGUGCUUUGUCAUGGUUGUUAUAAUACACAUUCAAAGUUCUCUUUAAGUUCAUGGUUGCUAUUUUAUUAUAUUGUUUUCCAGUUGUGAUAUUUUCAGACAAGAAUUUAUAUUUAUGAAGUAUUACAUGUUCUAGAUCUAGUACAUUUAUUUUGGUUUUGGUUUUUUGGAGGAAUUUUUUUAAAUGAGAGAAUUGUUAUCUGUUAGGAAAUGGUGAAGAUGAAUAGCACUUUUUGGGAGGUAAUCAACAUAUACUAUUUGUAGCAAGUUCAGUUUUAAAUCAUCAUCUAUUAAAAUGUCUCCAAUUUUCUCUCUCUGUUGAAUGAGAACAAAACAAUUUGAUUGUGCAUCCGGCUUGCUGUGAACACCAUUCUUCAGCUUUCAAAAUGACACAAGUUUUUGUUUUUUUUGUUUUUGUUCUUUUGAUUGUCACCAUGUUGUCAGAGGAAAUCUCCAAAUCAAAAAGACACUUUGUAUUGAGUGAUGGCUGGUUUCUGAAGUAUUAAAAUAAGCUUGAUUUAAUUGAAAAAUUUCCCUGAGAGCUCUUAAGCGCUCAGCUUGGGUUUAGUCAGUUGUUUUAGAAAUGGGAACAAGUCCAGUUAAUUAUAUUAAACUGAAAGCAAUAGUUGUUUAGGUUUGUUUUGUUUUUUGUUGAAUAUCAUCUUAUAUAGUAUUGACAUUCAUUUCUUUUCUUUUUUUUUUUUCAUUCGUGGUCUUCUAUGUUUCCAUAUUGUUUGAUUAUGCUUUAAGUGACUGCAUUUUUAUGUUUUUAAAAAUAUAUUUGACAGGAUAUGUAAAUCAACAGUGGGAUAUGUAGUGAGAAUGAUACUGGAUUAUUAGCACUUUUUUUUUCCAGCUUUAAAUCUCUCCUUGCUGAUUUGUUUAUAGAACAGCAUUUCUUCCCAAAGUCCAAUAUCUGUUCCUUUGCGAGGGUCACAAAAAAUGUCCUCAAGGGUUCCAGGAUUGAGUUGAAAGGGGAAAAGUCCUAUCAAAACAUCCAAAACAUAGACUUGUUUCUGUGUAUUUCUUGUUAAAAAUGGAAAUGCUUUUUACGACUUGAUGGUUAGCUAUUUUAACCAAUAAGAUUAUUACAUCUAAAGUUUUGGUGUCAUUGACCCCCCCGCCAAAAAUGAUCAGUUUUGAAAAUGAAUCGGGGCAAGAUCUCUUAGUAAUGAGAACGUACGCUUUCCAUUUCUCAUUAGAAGGGCAUUUUGAAGUUUUUGAUAGGAUAUGUCUCUAGCACUGUUUUCUCAAAUGUUUGUGUUUGAGUGACUGCAAGAGGAUUAUUUCUAUUCAAUCACUUGCACUAAAUGAGGAUAGUAAUCUGAAUUAUAGAUUUUGAUCAUAGAGUCGUAGAGCUAACAAUUGACUCAUUCAAUGCACAUGAAAGUGAGUGUUUGUGUGGUUUAUAAGAUAAACAGAGCUAAUUGUUUGUAGUUUUUCUGAGUGUGAGUCGAGUAAAUGGUGUGUUUGGCUAGUUAGACAGAAUGUGUGUCUUCAUGUUGACACAACUUUACAAAUGUCUCAUAGCUCCUGGUAAGGACAAUGGGUCUACUGGGAAGUCAUAUCAUCAAAUCUCAAAUGACAGCACCAAACCUAGUGGUAGUGGGAAAAUUCUCUGCCUGUAUCAUCAGAGUGCCUGCACUAUAUUUCUGAAAUCAAAAUAGCUUCCUUACUGGAAGGAAUAUCGAAACUGAGAGUGCUCUUCACUUUCUCUUUUGAUAAUAAUACAAACAAACAAUGCUUACUCCUGCCAGGGGAAAAAGACCUAUUUUGGGAAGGACUCAGGGGUUAAGUACCUAAGUCUGUGGGCUGGAUGUGGACUUGAGCUGGCAAUUACAUCAAUCCUCUUGUCUUUUGGCUGUAAAAAAAAUGUAUUUCAUCAUCAAGAAAGGGUCAGGAGUGAAGGGUGCAGCCGGAGAAACAGACAGAUUUAAGAAAUAGAGAGAAGACAGCCAAAAUACACACGCUAAAAAAUUGUUAAUUAAAGCCAGUGGCUAUAGACAAGAGUUUCUAGCCUCCUUUGCACAUUACUAGUAGUUAUAAGUGAGGGAAAUGCAUUCGUUAAACAUGGAUUUCAUUUCUUUUUUAACCGUUUCCUUGGAACAAGCAUUAGUUAACUGUCCUGCCAAGAAAUCUUUAUGUUAAAAAAUGCUGUUGGAAAAAAAGUUCUUUGUAAAUAUAAUUAUGCAAAAGUUAUUCAGCCAUGUGUUCUAUAUUUAUCAAGUUUUGGGAUUCCUUUAUGUUAUAUUUUCAAAUCAGAAGUAGUCAGUGGGUUCAAGGCAGUCUGUCAGAAAUCCAAAGAUCUGUAACGUUUGUCUCGUAGAUGCUUAAACAAGUAUAAACUUCUCUCUAUUGCCAGCCAUUUUAGUGAUCAUCAAUAUCAUAAAGUUAUUUAUAUCAAGUCAUGAACAUAUGACAUAUUUAUGAUCUGCUCACCAAUGUUCAUUUUCAGUUUGUCACCUUGUAUUGUGCUAUGCAUAUUGUAUUUUGUAUGUAAGAUAUAAUCAAAUGACUGCAUAUUUCUUCAAAAUUUGCAUGUUCUUACUCUUUCCUAUCACAAUACAAGUAGGCCUACAAAUGUCAUCUCUUAUUUAUUUGGUCAUAAUGCUUCUGUCUGUCUCGUGCUGUAGCACAAGUUAUUUAUGUGAAGGGACUGUAAGAAUCGACGUGUACUUUCUUUUAUUUUGAAAGCAUUGUUGGACGAAAUGCUAGAUAUAAGUUGACAGGUGUGUACUUCUCAUUUCACAGAAGCUUAUUAAAUUAUUGCGGCUGAGUCCACUCAUACAUAUGGUUUUGUCAGAUGGUAAAUGAUGUGCUGGCUAUAGGGUGGUAGCAAUUGUGGGUUUGACAGAUGUGGUUCUAUUCCACAGCAAGUUGUUUAUUGGAUGGUGAGUGAGAGUUAAAGUGAGGUUGACUUAACAUGGGUAGUAAAUGACUUGUGGAUUGCCCUUGUUAUUGAAGUAGGGGCUAGAUUUAGAUCAUUGUUUAUACAUUUCCGAGUGAAUGUUUCCCAGUGUUAAGGGGACAUGAGGGUAAACUUCUCAAUUUAACAUUUGUUUUAUAUGCACAACAUCAGCAUUGACUCUCUGAAUUUUUAUGGCCCAGAAUCUUAUCAUUUUUUGCAUGGAUGAGACAUAGUGUUCCAAGAGUUUUCCACAGUCUUUGUUCAAAAGUGGAAGACUGUUGUUGUAUCGACUGGAAAUGACCCACUAAAGUAUUUGACCAAUGUUUGUUGUCUAAUCCAAGCAAAUGUUUCUUUUAGUCAUAGACAAUGAAAAAUACUUAAUAAUUUAUUGCAUUGGUAUUGUAUGAUGGUUUUGAGAGUAUUAGGUGUAAAAGAUGGGUUAUAAGCAUUAGGCAGUGUGUGAAUAUAUAUAUAUAUGAUAAUAAUAUAUAUAUUAUAUAUAUAUAUUUAUAUACAUGUAUAUUAUGCAUUUGCUGAGCUUGUGAGUGGCGUGCUUCAGUGUUCUUUUUGAGACAGAAGUAACAAGACAUGCCGUCCCUUCUGUAGUGUCUUGCAUUGAUUUAAUGCUGUAUGGACGAUGAUGUAUAAUGAAAAUGUGUCAUGUUUUUAAGUUGUGUUUUACAUUAUGGUGAAACUGGUCAUUUAAUCAUAUCUUGAAUGUUGAUCUGUCUUCAUGCCCAGUAUCACAAAUUGUUUAUAGUGUAGUCACAAUAGCUCAAAAUCAUUUUUGCAGUUAUCAGAUGGGGACGAGAAGGUAAUCUGUGGCUUUCAAAAUAAUUACUUAAUUAUGCAUGUGUAUAAAUAGGUUCCAAAUUUGUUUAUUUCUCCCCCCCCCCCCCCCUCCAUUUUUGUUUAUUUUGGAUUGACUCAAAGAUAAAUGAUUGUAAUAGUUCUAGGGUAACAUUUAAAAUAAGCAGCAAAUGCAGUCAAAAUAAAGAUAGUUUUCAAUUUUUUAAAGAUGAAGUUAAUAAAUUUCUCUAUUAGUUUUUGAUAGAUCAACUGUGCAAUAUAAUUUGGGAAAUGGAAAGGGGGGUUUUGUUUUGUCUCUUUACUUUUUUGUUGGUCCCCUUUGUUCUGAUAUUGUGCUACAUGUAUGAACUUGUUGACUAAUUUUCCCUUGUCCAUUGUUUUUCAAGUAACAAUAAUGUCCACCCAAAAAAAAGAUAAAUGUAAAAUUAACAAAAAAAAUAAAUAAAAGAAAUCAAAAAUGAAAAAAAAUAAUGAUAAAAAAAUAAACAAAUAAAAGUUUUAAAAUGC